ACAAAAUAGAGGACUGCGACAGUGGCCUAGAUUGCAUGCAGCAGUUAAUAGAACAAGAUCAAAAUAAAUCAAACAAAACCAAGAUCAUUGACCACAGCGGCGAUCCUGAUGAAGGAGUUUAUAAGACUUAUUGUCAAGUAGAAAAGAUCAUAAAACAGGAUUUGUUGGCUGCUGAAAUAUCAGACCCUGAUUCCAAGGAUGAUACAGCAAUCCAGGAAGAUGAUGAUUUUGGAGAUGUCCUGUGGGAUGUUCAUGAUGAGCAGGAGCAGAUGGAGGCUUUUCAGCAUGCUUCUCAUUCAAUAUGUGAGCUCGGGUUUGAUAAAUAUUAUGAUCGUUUGAAUGAUUUGGUGGCUGCUCCAGCUCCUAUUCCACCUCUCCUUAUAACAGGAGGACCAGGCUCAGGGAAAUCUCUUCUCCUAUCAAAAUGGAUUCAGCUUCAGCAGAAGCAUUCACCAAACUCUCUGAUGUUGUAUCACUUUGUUGGAAAACCAAUGUCUACCAGCUCAGAGCCAGCACUGAUCAUAAAAAGACUGACUCUCAAGGUA